GUUCGGGAAAGACAUUUUCAAUUUUCAUUAGUCUAAUCAAUUCCUAUUUCCGCCCCCCAUCGCUAAAAAUAAGAUUAAAAAAAAAUUAAAAAAAAGUCAACCAAAUUCCUCUGUCUAUGUAUGUGUGUGGAGGGUGAGUCUUUGGGUUUCAACUCAAAAACACAAAAUUCAAAAUGGCUUCUCUCUUUCCUCCCACAGCCGCAGCUAGCUGAUCAUCAUCAAACUACCUGUCUAUAUAUAUAAACACUGAGAUGCAGCGAACCGAAUUUCAUUUUUUUUUAAAAAAAGAAAUAAAAAGACAAGAAAUAAACAUUCUUCAGCGCACCCUACUUCUUCCUCCCAACAAGUAAAUCAAAGCAGCAAGUUGAAGGGCCAUAUCCUUAUUUGAUUAUUUGCCACGGCAAGUUGAAGCUGAAGAGAAACUAGAAGGAUAUCAUCAGAGGGAUAUAAUCGUAAAAAAAGUAAAAAAAAGAGUAUGGCGGAGGAGUUUCAGCUGGGGAGCGGGAACUGGUGGGAAACAUCAACGAGGAAUAGUAGUAGUACGGCCACGGCGGCGGCGCCGUCAACUUCAUCCGCCACCACCACCAACAACACCUUCGUUGGGUGGCCAACAGAUGUAGUAGUGGCCGCCAGGUCUUCCAUGGUGGAUGAUUCCACUGUGUGCGUGUCUGGUCACGAAUCCGGUGCCGGAGGACUGUUGGCCCAAUCCGGCGGGACUUGUUUACAAAUCAUGGAUUUAAGCCUCUCUUCUCAAACCAUGGAUUGGAACCCUGCCCUCUUGUAAGUCUUUUAACUUGUUUGCUUUCCUCUUCUUGCAUGGAAAUGAAUUAAACACACACACACACACACACACACUUGCACAAAAUAUCAAGCUCUUAUUUUUUUUCUUUUUAGUGUGUGUGUGUGUGUGUGUGUGUGUUAGUUGAUUCUAGUGAAUAUUGAUUGGGGGGUUACUACUGGGCAGCCGAGGGGAUAAGGGAGAGAGUAGUUUUCGAUCGAUGCUUCAAGAAGAAGCAACUAGUGGGAAUUUUCAACAGCAUCAUCAGCAGCAGCAGCAAGAACAACAAUGGAAUAGGCAUAAAUUACUAUAUUCAUUACCACCAAAUAAUUCCGAGGAUUCCUCCACCACCAACAAUAUCAGCAGUAGAGCAGCAGCAGCAGCAGGAGGUGGAGGAAUUUCUCUGGACAAUUCCCACUUCGGUUCUUCCAACACCUUUCAUCAUCACCUUGAUUCUUCUUCUUCUUCUUCUUCUGCUUCUUCUUCUGCUACCACUACAGCAUUUGGUGGUGGUACCAACAACAGUUCUCCAAAUCAUCAUCUCUUACAAGGUUUAUUAUCAGUUCCUCCUCCUGCUGAUCAUCAUCAGCAGCAGCAUCCAGCCAUGAAUUAUUCUGCUUACCAAAUCUCAUCAUCUUCAUCUAAUUAUGGUGGCAUCAAUAAUAGUUCUACUGUUGUUGAUCAUCAUCAUCAUCAACUUAUGGCGGCGCCUUCUAAUUCUUGGUCUAAUCAUAAUAAUAAUCUUCCUCAAUUUCUACGAAAUUCACCCCCCAAGCAUCCGCAACCACUUCAGCAUCAUGGUCAUGGUCAGCUGCACUUUUCCAAUAACACCCCAUUUUGGAAUGCUUCCUCGUCAGCUCCCAUGAACGAUGUCAGGUCGAACUUGUUCCCUUCGCUUCACUCCCAAAUCCCUUUACCAAAUUUUGAAGACAAAUCCAAGAAUACAUCUGAAGUUCGGGAGGUAUCCGUAGCAAAGAAGAGUAGCAGCAAUGAAACAUCCAAUAAAAGACCCCGAAAUGAAUCGCCAACCCCCAUGCCAGCUUUUAAGGUGAGGAAAGAGAAGAUGGGAGACAGAAUCACUGCGCUCCAACAAUUAGUUUCACCUUUUGGAAAGACUGACACAGCGUCUGUUCUCUCCGAAGCCAUCGAGUACAUCAAGUUUUUGCAUGAACAAGUUGGUGUAAGUACAAGAGUGUUACAAUAUUUGUCGACAGUUGAAUUUUGUACCUUUGAUCAAUGCCUCAAUUGUAAGAUCUUCAAAACCCAGGUAAUCAUAACUGAUGAUAUGUUCUUUCUUUCACAAAAAUCAGGUCCUAAGCACUCCAUACAUGAAAAGCGGAGCUCCCAUGACACACCUUCAGGUGCGUUACAUGUUUUCGUGUUUUUUUUUUUUUUUUUAAUCGUGCUGUACUAAGUUUAAACUUGUUGAAUUGUGCAUGUUUUGGACUUCAAAUACCUUAUAUUCUAAGCAAUGAAUAAGUAAAAUGGUUAGUUUGGACAACAGUUCCGGGGAUCGAUAGACAUCACUAAAUUAAUCUACAAGACUAAAUUUUAAUUACAAGUGGAACUUUAUAUGGAUUCUCCAGAUAGUUUUUUUCACCGGAACAAUAUCCCGACAGUUUGUUGUUGGUUUACUUAUUACUUUCAUUGUCACUUAGAAGUUAAAAUUUUGGUAGUAUUUCCUUUAUAAGAUCAUUACAUAAUCCAAUGUACAUAUGAUCAUAUUGGUCAUUUAUUUCGUAAGUUGCAAUAGUUUGUUGAUGGAGAAUCGUUAACGAACUUGAGCAGAAUCCUGACAAAUCUAAAGAUCAAGGAGAUGGACCUAAACAAGACCUGCGGAGUAGAGGAUUGUGUUUGGUGCCGGUGUCAAGUACAUUCCCAGUCACCCAGGAAACAACCGUGGAUUUUUGGACCCCAACAACCUUCGGAGCACCUUUCAGAU